CCCGGGCCUGGCGCGUCUGGGGACGGGGAGGGCGUGGGCCGCGCGGCGUGGAGUCGCCGCUGGCCGCGGUGACCUUGGGCAGGCCACGUGGUCGCAGCACCCGCCUUCCCAUUUCAGACCCCGGGAGGGGACGAAGGAAACCCAAGCGUGCCGGAUGCCGACGGCCAUGGCUGUUACCGUGCGUGGCCUCUGCCCCAGGCCUCGCAAGCGAGGGUCGCACAGUAUCCCCCUGCAGAUCGCACGAACUGAGGAGUCACUCCCCACCACUCAGGGGUCUGCCUUCCGCUGCCUAAGCUGUUGCUGGGCAUCAGGUUGGAGAGGAACAGGUCCUCCCAGGAGGCCCCAGCUUCCCCGAGUCUGUAGGCUCAGCCACCGGACAGUGAGACUCGGGGCAGCGGGAAGCCGCCAUGGCCGGAAAGUAACCUGGGCCCCAUCUCAGAGUGGGGCUGGGCGGCGCUGUCCAGUAGAAAUAGGAUGGGAGAUGCAUAGGUAAUUCCAAAUUUUCUAGUAGCCACAUUAAAAAAGUGGCUUUUAAAAUUUAAAUUUUAAUAAUAUAUUGCAUUUAGCCCAACAGAUAUUAACAUUUCAACAUGUCGUCGAUAUAGAAAAUUAUGAAUGAGGUAUUUUACCUCCUUUUCUGUAGGAAGUCUUCGAAAUCCUGUGUAUGUUUUUACACAUACAGCACAUCUCAAUUUGGCCUGGCCACGUGUGGCUAAUUGGACAGUACAGUUCUAGAGUGUUCUCUUUCAGCCUUUACCUAAAGUAGAGCCUAGCCUGGUUCUCUUAGGUGGGGAUGUUGAGGAAGGACAGGGUACUCAAGGUGUCCUGGCAGAGCCAGGCCUCAAAGCUGAAACCACUGCAAAAUUUGGGGACUUUUAGGAGCAAACCAUGCCUGCUUUCUCCAUAUGUGAACUGCCUUUCUUGAGCCUUCACUGGGGUGUCUGGUUCUUUAUGACUAGAGUUAAGCCUUAUAACCACUGCAGGAGGGUGAAGAAACAGAUUCUGAGACCUUUCUAGGUAGUGCUUCAAGGUCAUAUGUGGGGUGUCAGCAUAGGCCCAUUUGACCCCAAAGUCUGGGCUUUUAACCCUCAAGAGCACUUUGAUAUUGGAGUGGUUAAGAGCACAGGCCAUUGGGUCAUUUCCUGGUUGGGUUUCCUUGAAUCCAUUCGUGAGUCCUUGGAAGCCUCAGUUGCCUCACCUGUAAGAUGGGGUUGUUGUGAGGAUUCCAGGAGAUGCUGCAAGAGGAAGGCCCUAUUAGGUUCUCAAAAAUAAUGUCGACUGCUCUUAUUACCAUGUAUCUUGGUUUUUCUGCUGCCAUUAACCUCUCUGGUGCUCUUGCCCCUCUUAAGUCUUUUAUUCAACGAUUUCUUCAGUGGACAGAAUUAUUGGAUCCUACAAAUUUGGUCGUUUCAAUUGAAAAAAUAGAAAAAUCAAGGCAGCUAUUGUUAACACACGAAGAUGCAUCCGGAAGUGACCUGGAGGACAAAAGGGUACAAGAAGCUUGGAAGAGAAGUCUCUCAACAGUGCAUCCUGACAGUAGCAAGCUGAUCCCUGGUCCUUUUCGACCUGCAGCUCUCCUGCCUUUCACGGCGCCCAUGGUAUUUUUGUCAAUGCUGCCAGUAAAAAGUCUAAAGUCCAUGAUUUUACCUCAGGUUUCCUUCUACACGUACAGUACAGUCUUCAACAUUGUCAAUGGAAAUGCAAGUUAUGAUCGUCGCCCCCAUGAGAGUAUCUUAGUAGGAGCAGGAGUGAUUGCUUCGUCCACCUUUUUUGGAUUAUUCCCUCGUUUGCUCCAAGUAAGAUUUUCACUGAAUAGCAUUUUGAGCAGAAACGUCAUUCCUGUCGUCAUUCUCGCCCAACUCAGUGGAAUGAAUGUGGUUGCAUCGAGAAGUUUGGAGCCCCUGCGAGGAAUUGAGGUCAUGGACAAGGACGGCAGUGUCAUAGGCUACUCCAGAAAAGCUGGGACAAAGGCCGUUAAAGACACAGCAACAUCCAGAGUUGUGCUGUUUGGGACCUCAGCUUUUAUCCCUGAAGUCUUCUCAUACUUUUUUAAAAGGACCCAGUUUUUCCUGCAGUGUCCGUGGUCACUGUGGACGCUAAAGCUUUCUUGUACUAUCCUUGUCAUGGGACUCAUGGUGCCAGUUUCUUUCAGUGUAUUCCCACAGAUUGGACGGAUACAGUGCAGUGAGCUUGAAAAGGAAAUUCAGUCUGCAACAGAAGAAACAGAACUCUUCUACAACAGAGGGGUAUAGGGGUGAGUUUUAGGUGAAUUUGUUUGGUACCUGCGUGAAAACCUUCCUCCAAGGUUUCAGUUUGGACAACCCUGCCAGGAGUGUCCUGGAACCCCCAGAGGUGUCUGCACCAACAGGAUGGCUUCCGAUUACGCACGCCAAGACUGUUUUGAGGCUGAUCGUGCCUAGGGUUAAACAAGCUUGGGUGGAAGGAGAGAAACGGGGGCUGUCCUGUCUAACCCACCACACGGGGUUGCUGAGGGGAUGAAUGUGUGAUGUAAGAUUCAGUUUUCUAUUCGUCAGCCUGUGAAAGGAUACUGUGAACUUACUAGUAAACUUUUCUAAAGUUGAGUAUUGGAAAACGAAGGAGAAAGGUCCACCAAUGCCCACGUGCCCAAGGCACAGGCAUUAAACUGAUGGCCCAUCCCGAGGUGUACACGUGGGGAGCCAAUGAAGGCCUCCAACCCCCAAAGCAAUCCUGUGUCCCUUCUCAGCUUACUCCUGUUAGACAGCUGCUUAAAAUCUUUGCCAGCUGCUGCCCAGCUGCUUCUUUCUCCUCAUUGGCAGGUGACCCUGUCUCCUCCUCCACUGUGAAAGCCAAGGCGAUUGGCCUCCUGGCUCCAAACCUGCUGACCUCCCUCCACACACGCCGGCCUCCCCUCCUCCGUGCAAAGUCAGCUGUGCCCUGGGCUUGAGCCCGACCCUUCCUGUUUGCUCAGGGCCUUUGCUCUGCGGCCUCCUCUGCCCCUCUGGCUCCAGCCUCCCCGCUCUGCUCCUUCUCCGUAGCAUUUCAACUGCUUGAGUCACCUGCCUCAUGCAAAAAGCAAAACCCCCCCUUUGUAGCCGGACUUUUUCAGAGUUUUCUACCCUCACUGUUUCCACCCCGCCCUCCACUGCUGAGACUGCCGUCAUCCGUGCCCCCACAGAUGCUGGCCAUACUGCCACUGCCCCCUGUGCGGGCCUGUCGUGGGGCUUGCUCUCCCCUGCCCAACAGGCCCACGUCCAGCGGCCCCCUGCGCUUCGCCAUCUGGAUGUCCACUUGAGACCAUCUUCCCCUCCCAACCUCAGGGAACGGCACCACCGCGUACCAGUUUCGUCAGACAGGAUCACUGGCCUUGGCCUUACUCCCCCAUCGCCCCACCCCAUUCAGCACUAUUGGGCUGAGUCUGUUAAGUCUCUAGAACUCACCCCUCCGCGUCCACUGCCCAGCCCAACAGCAUAUCCCCUGCUGGUGUCGCUCAUCAGUCCAUCUCCAGCCCGCUCUUCGAAACCACACCUGCUUAAAAGCCUUAAAUGGCUUCCCAGUACAUCAGGAUCAAGUCCAAAUUCCUUGCCAUGGCAGGCGGGAGCCUUUACCUUAUUCAUCUCUUGCCACUCCCUCUCCUCACUCUGGACUGACAUCCAGUUCCUCAGAUGUGCUGUGGUCUCUCUUCUCUGGCCUUCCCACCAGCUGUUCCCUCUGUUCUGGGCUAACUCCUCCCUGUGCUUCAGGUCUGACUUGGACGUCAAUCACUCUUCUCCAGGAAGCCUUCCAGGAUUCACAGAACUGAACUAGGUGCCCUUCCAAUGUGCUCCCAUAGUGCUCGUAUCAUGCCUAGCACGUGCCACACCACGUGCAAUCCCGUUUGCUGAAGCUAUGUGCCCAUAGACUGUGCACCUUGACAGCAGGAACUGUUGUCUUGGGCAUCAAGGAAGCCCCAGGAUACGCAGUCCACGGUGUAGAGUAGGUACCCAAACGUAUGCGUACUGGAUGGAGGGCUGUUUCCAACACACCCUGCCCCAAGUCCUCUAAGAAUGCACCUGUGGCUUUCAGUUUUCCCUAGGCCACAAUGACGGUUAUCUCCAAAUUGGGUAAAAGAUGUUUCACAACAGCCUAAAAGGACAAAAUCAGUAAAAGUGAUGUAUCAUUCAGCUCCAUGUAGCCACAGGCUUAUACUAAACAAACUUAACAAAAUGUGCAAUGGCUCCAAGUGGAGGUUCAGCCACUGACAGAUAACUGAGUAGUAAUGUGAGAGCAUCUUUUCAGAGAAGGCACUUGGACCUUACAGUCAGCUCCAGGAAGUGCGGGGUGGAGGAGGGCCGGGCAGAGAGAGAAGGGCUGAGCCAGUGGUGGAAGGAACCAGACUGCCUAACUUUCAAAUCGGUCUUUGGAUAAUUCCCCGGUGGGUUUGCAGUUGACUUUUAAAAAAGAGUUUUUUCUUUUGUUUGUUUGCGGUGGGGAGAAUUAGAGAAAGAGGGCACAAUUUUUCAUAUGCCUAAAACUGCCGAGUAUCAAAAUAUUUCAUUUUAUUUCUGUAUCAUAAAUUUGUCAUUUUAACAACUUUGAUCAUUAGCUAAUAGAGUAAUACAAAAAAAACACGGGCAAAAAUGAUGUUAGUAUUCAUUCUCAUAAAGUGCAGAUUUAAUUUUCAAUUGUUGGCCUCAGUAAACAUCAUCUCAUUUCAAAUCCUCCCCUGCCCCCACCCAAGGAGGGGCUAUUUUUAAAAAUUUUUCCCUAACAAAUGUCUAACACCGGGAAUAAAUGAACGAUCCAAUAAAGACAAGCUUUUUUGCAAACA